UCAAUAACUAGUUUUACUAAAAAUAGAUACAUCUAAAACAUUUUUCUCUGUUUUGCAACAAAAUCUUCCACUCUUUCUUUCAUGGCUGGUCUUCAACAAUACAACUUUUUUCCAACUGAUCUCUUCUACCCUCGUCCACAACCUCAACAAUCUACUGCUUCUCCUAACGUGCUUCCUCUCAAAACUCCAAAUAGUGAAGAUCUUCCACAAACUCAACAACAACAACCAGCUAGUAGCAUGAUCAAAGCCACCCCUUCUACUUCAUCUUUGGUUUAUACUCACAACACACAAUCUUUUGCUGUUGUUGACAAUAACAUAUCUAAAUUGUCACUAAACCCACUUUCUUUGAUGGUUUGGAUGGAUCAAGAAGAUGAAGAAUAAUCUCUUUACCUUUCAACUUUAGUUAUAAUCUUCUUAUGUUUAGACUUUUUCAAUUUUCAAGUUACUCAUAGAAGAUGGAAAUCAAUAAAAUUGAAAGCUUGUGAUUUUCUUUAUUUCUAUGCCUACUUUGAUGUUUUUUGUCCAAUUUUGCAAUCCCGUUGAAUGGUAAAUUGUGUAACGUGAAAGGUAA